UAUAAAAAUUAAAACAUCAAAAAAUUCAGAGUUAUUAGUAUAAAGAGAGAAAAGUAGGAAGAAUAAAAUAAAGAAAGGUAUAGAGAAAAAGUCAAAAUUUAAAUUCAAACAAGCUUUAAUAGCUAUUUUCACAAUUGCAUUGAAGAAAUGAAUCAAUUAUCGUUUUUAUUAAGUGGUUAAGAUUCUGAAUAAUUUAAUGGUGGAGAAGGUCCAGCCUAAUAAAUCAAAAUUGAAACCAAACCAAGUUCUCAAACAAAAGACUUGUAUGCCCAUUAAGAUUAGACUACUGCUUUGUUGAGCAAAUACUCUGUAUUAGACACAGCCUCCUAAUUAUAAUAAAUAGAUAGCACAGAAAUGAAAAAAAUUAAAGAUUAAAUUGAAAGAAAAAAAAAACAAACUAGUGAUAAGGACGAUGAUGAUGAUUUCGAUGUAGGUCCAAUAAUUAAGAGAAAAGUUGAUAAUGAUGUAGCUGUCAAUCUUAAAUCAACCUCUUCUUCUUCUAUUUCUAACUAACCAUCACAAAAUUCUAUCUCUUCUAAAGCUGCUCUUUAAAGCUCAGUUCCAACUUCUUAAAACCUUGCUCAGUAAAAAGUAAAUAAAUUAGAUGAAAAAGUGUCUCAAAAAAAUGCUACAAAUUCAUAAAGAGAUUAAGCAUUAAACUAAUAAGCAAAAAAAGCUUAAAACGGAUCAUCUGAAAAACCAAAAGUUAACCCUUCUUAAUCUGAAAGUAAUUUAAGAAAACCCCAACCUAAUCCUAAAGUGCCUCCUACAUCAGCUUCUUAAGCAAAUGCAAGGACUCAAUAGAUUCAAAAUUAAUAAAAUAAAUAAUCAACCACGUAAAAUAAUGCUACUUAAAGAAUGCAAGCUCCUCCAUAAAAAAAUUCUAUGCAGUCAUAAUAAAAAGUUACUUAAAAUAAAGCAACCCCUUUAGUAAAUUAAAAGACAUAGUCUAUUCCUGCAUAAAAGUAAGCAAGUUAGUUAUAAAAAGGAACAAAUUAGUAAAAUUAAUAAAACCCUUAGAAAAGCAUAGCAUAAAAUUAAUAGUAAAGACCCAUCAAUAAUUAAUAAUAGUAGUAAUAAAGAUAAUAACCAAAUAACAUUUAAAAGCGUCCAGUUGAUAAACCAAAUGGACAAAAUGCAGUGAGCAAAUAAAAUAUGUAAAAUAAAAUGAAUGCAAAUUAAAAGUAACAACAACCACAAACUUAAAAGCCUGGCUUAAAUUAAUAAUAAAAUAUUAUAAACUAAUAAAAAUUAGCUUUCUAGAAGCUACCUCCAGAGAAAUAGCUCCAAUAAUUAUAAAAUUCUAAGUUGAAACUUGAAAAAAAUCCAAAGAAGACACCUUAAGAUAUUUAAAAAAUCGAGAAAUUAAAUGUUUAUAUAUAAAAACUCUAAAAAAUAAUACAGCAAAGAUAAAAUAAAGCAGCAACUAAUAAAAAUUAAAAUAAUAGGACUUAAUAACAAAAUAGAUAAGCGACUAAUGGAAGUUAAAAGCCAUAAAAUUAGUAGUAAAGAUAAAAUCAAUUGAGCCAAUUAACCACUAAAGAGAAAGUAAAAAUUUUCAUAGAUAAGCUAAAUGCCUUCAAAAAAGCUAAAAGCUUGACUCCAGAGCAAGUUAAAUAAAAAGAAAGAAUUAUUAAAUAUUUAUAAGACAUAAAGAAAAAAUCUUUGUAACAGAAGUAAUUAAUGUAGAGUAAAUUAAGUUAAGAAUAAAAAUAAAAAGAAGAAUAGCGUAGAAUACAAGAGUAAAGAUAGAAGUAGAUGAGAAAAAACUAAUAAGCAUAAAGAGACUACGAUUAUGAAGAUGAAUAUGAUUUGGAUGACAGUUUUAUUGCUGAUGAUGGUGACGAAUUCGAUUAAGAGUUAUAAUAAGACCUCUAUAAAAUAAUUAAAAAAGACAAAAUACAAAAACUAGCAUAAAAAAACGAUAAAAUUAAAAUCGAAGAAAGCAACAUUUACUAAAUUAAAAGAGAAGAGAAAAUUUCUGAUAGAAUAGGUAGAAUAGAAGAUGCCAAAGAAUAAGAGUUAAUCAAAAAAGAAAAAAUGGAAUUAAAAAAGAAGAAAGGAUUAACAAUCGACUCAGAUGAUGAUGAUGAUAUUGACUAAGAGGAUGAAGAUGAAGAAGAAGAGGAAGAAGAAUAAAUGUCUUAUGAUGAAAAUGAUAGCUUUAUUGUUUAUGGUGAUGACGAAGAAGUAGAAUGA